AUGAUGGCUCCUGAAAAUCUUGUCGACAAAAGACUUGCUUUCAAAAAACUCAAAGCAAAAUCUGAGAACAAGUUAUGCUUUGAUUGUGGUGCCAAGAAUCCGAGAUGGGCUUCGGUUACGUACGCGAUCUUCCUCUGCAUCGAUUGUUCUGCCACUCAUCGGAGCCUCGGUGCUCAUAUCAGCUUUGUCAGGUCAACGGAUUUGGACUCAUGGAGCCCUGAGGAGCUCACCGCAAUGAUGUUUGGUGACCGGGCUCACGUGUUCUUCAAGCAACAUGGAUGGACCGAUGAUGGCGGAAUCGAGGCUAAGUACACUUCAGGAGCUGCUGAAUUGUAUAGGCAGAUUCUUGCUGAGGAAGUUGCCAAAGCCAUUGCAGAAGAAGCAGCUACUACUGCUCUACUACCUUCAUCUCCUGUUGCUGCUAGCUCUCAGCUACAAGAAGCAUCCAAUGGGGUUUCUUCUGUGAAACAUAAAGCUUCUACAAGGACGGGAAAAACUGGUGGUCUUGGUGCACAUAAGCUUACUUCUCAGGCAAACGAAAACCUCUAUGACCAGAAACCUGAAGAACCUGCGCCGGUUAUUCCGGCUGCAUCUAAGAGGGAAAUUGUGCCAUUUGCCACUGAGAAGGAGUUCAUCUAUUACAAAAUAUUCGUAGAGAACAACGGUGAUCCGCCAUCAUCAAUGGACCCCAGCGCUUGGCAACUUCAAUUUCAAGAAGCAAGAAAGAAGAUGUCAAAAGCAGAGUCCAAGUUUCCUGGAGAUGAGAAUAAAUCUGCUGAUCUUGAUUCAGAAACCAGAACAAGCGAUGUGGCAAACGAAAACCUCUAUGACCAGAAACCGGAAGAAUCUGCGCCGGUUAUUCCUGCUGCAUCUAACAGGGGAAUUGAGUCAUUUGCCACUGAGAAGGAGUUCAUCUAUUACAAAAUAUUUGUAGAGAACAACGGUGAUUCAUCUAUUACAUCAUCAAUGGACCCCAGCUCUUGGCAAGUUCGAGUUGAAGAAGCAAGAAAGAAGAUGUCAAAAGCAGAGUCCAAGUUUCCUGGAGAUGAGAAUAAAUCUGCUGAUCUUGAUUCAGAAACCAGAACCAGCCAUGAGUCAAACGAAAACCUCUAUGACCUUGGAGAUGAGAAUAAAUCUACUGAUCUUGAGGUAAAGAAAGGUUUACGGCGGAGGAAGUUAAGAUUGUUGGGUUAG